AUGGGUAUUACAGUUAUUGGUUCGCUUAACUAUGAUUUAGUGACCUUCACAGAUCACAUUCCCAACAUGGGUGAGACAAUAUCUGGAAAGUGCUUCGAAACGCACGUAGGAGGUAAAGGGUUGAAUCAAGCAAUUGCAUUGAGUAAUUUAAAACCGGACUCUAUUGCGGAGGCAGUAAGGAUGGUGGGGAAUAUUGGGGAAGACUCUUUUGGUUCCGAACUGUUAAGGGUUGGUAGAACAAGCGGUCUUAAUAUGGAAUAUGUCGGGAGGCAUGAUGAUGUUAGAACUGGUACUGCUACCAUCUUGGUUGAAGAAUCGAGUGGGCAGAAUAGAAUUAUUUGUGUAAGUGGGGCAAACAUGAAAACCGUAUUUGAUAAGGAGAGACUUCAAUUAGUCUUCCCCGCAAAAGGUGGGAGUAGUGAAGAAUAUGUUAUAUUACAACAUGAAAUCCCCGACCCAUGCUCAAUUAUGCAUUGGCUUCGAGAAAACAGACCUGAACAUCUGAUAGUGUUUAACCCAUCUCCAUUUCAACAUUUGGAUCCCCUUGACUGGAAGGCGGUUGACAUUUUAGUUGUUAACGAGGUUGAGGCGUUACAGUUACUUUCAUCUCUGUACGAUAACAAUGAUGUAGCACGUUACCAGUCAUUGGUUGAGACUAAUCUAAUUGAAGGCUAUACCAUGAUAGCGCAAGAAUUUAAGAGUAGGAAAGUCCUUAAUAGCAAUGGGCCUGGAGUAAUUAUUAUAACAUUAGGCGAAAACGGGAUUAUCUAUACGUCAAGGACACAGUCAGACAUAUCCUAUUUUCCUGCUACUCAUAUAGAUAAUGUCAUAGAUACAACAGCCGCUGGAGAUACAUUCUUAGGCGGUGUCGUGAUGCAGCUAUAUAAUGGGUCAACUUUGCACGAUGCUGUGAAGUUUGCUGCCUAUGCAAGUGCGAUAGCUAUUACUAGAAAGGGCGCAUCGAACAGUAUACCAAGCUAUGCAGAAGUCAUGGAAAAAUUAUGA